AUGGCUUCCAAAGAAGAUUUCUCUAAAGAAUAUUUGCAGCUCAAUCCGAAAGAAGUUGGUUUUAGCGACAUCCUUAGCAUCUUCUCCUCGCGCGAAUUAGAGAAAACAGACUUCUUUCAUACCCCCGAGAUAUACGGGGAAGCAAACUCCUUUCAUGCCCCCAAGGUAUACAGGGAAGAAGCAGACUCCUUUCAUGCCCCGGAGGCGUACGGCUUCCGUCGCCGAUGGAUAGUUUUUGUGUCUCUCGUGGCUCAGAUACUCCUCCUCCAUUUAAAAAAACCUUUGGCUGUCCUAGGAUCUACUUUGGAGCUGUGCCUGAAUUAUCCAUCCAGCAAUGGUGGCUUUAUCGGCCUUUUAUGGAAUUUUCUUACGGGAAAGGUAGUAACGCCAGACAGGUCGGCUGCAACUUUCAGGUCGAUACUUGCGAAUCUGGACACGCGAGUGGAUUUAGAUGGAAGGAUCAAAGCUAAUGACAAGAGGUAUGAUGCAGCCUUGUCUAUGAUGGCUGCUAAAUUGGCCUAUGAAAAUGAAGCCUUCUCCAGAACUGUGGUCACAGAUCACUGGCAGAUGGAAUUCUUGGGCUUCUUCAACUUUUGGAAUGAUUAUGAGGAAUCAUACACAACACAAGCCAUCAUUUUCGAAGACAAGAGAACCAGUGCUGAUUCUAACCUGAUUGAGGUGGCAUUUCGAGGGACAGAGCCGUUUGAUGCUGAUGAUUGGCGUACGGAUUUUGAUAUUUCGUGGUAUGAUGUCAAAGGUGUGGGCAAGAUUCAUGCUGGAUUUAUGAAAGCCUUAGGCUUACAAAAACGAAAGGGUUGGCCUAAGACAAUUGAGCAAGGCUCAGAUGGAAAAAACUAUGCCUAUUACACAAUAAGGGAAAUUUUGAGAAAUAGAUUGAAGGAAAAUCAGAAUGCAAAAUUCAUGGUAACUGGACACAGCUUAGGAGGGGCAUUGGCAAUUUUGUUUCCUGCCAUACUGAUUUUACAUGAAGAAAAAGAGUUAUUGGAAAGAAUGGAAGGAGUGUACACUUUUGGGCAGCCUAGAGUUGGAGAUGAGCAAUUUGGAGACUUUAUGAAGGAUAAGCUUAGAUUUUAUGACGUAAAAUAUUGCAGAUAUGUCUACAAGAAUGAUAUGGUUCCAAGAGUACCGUUUGAUGACAAAACCCUCAUGUUCAAGCACUUUGGUCCUUGUUUAUACUUCAACAGCUGCUACCGAGGGCAGAUUCUAGAGGAAGAACCAAACAAGAACUACUUCUCACUGCUGUCGGUUAUACCCAAGAUUUUGAAUGCCGUUUACGAGCUGAUUAGGAGCUUCAUUAUCCCUUUCACGAGAGGAAUGGAGUAUAGAGAAGGGUUGUUUCAGACCAUGUCUAGGAUGGCUGGAUUGGUCGUUCCUGGAUUAUCAGCUCAUGGUCCUCAGGACUAUGUUAACGUCACCAGAUUGGGGACCUUGCCCUCCUCGCACCCUCCAUUGAAAGGCCGGAAACCAGAAUGA